UGGCCAUUGAAUCAAUCAACCGGGAACAAAUAAUAAAAAGCACCCAAGUUGAUGAGUCAUCAAGCAAGGAGGAGGCGGCACAACCAACCAACUCGACAACAAGCAACGACCACAGCAGACGACGGACAAGACGUGUGCGCUGCAUUCACACAAACAAAGGCCAGAGCAACAAGCAAGCAAAGGAAAGCAGAGCAAGGAAAACAAACGGAAGCAAAGAAAAGGAAGGGGAUCGUUGACAGACAGACACAUAACAACAACAACCGACCAUGGAGUGGCUGUUUGGGCGCAAGAAGACGCCGGAGGAGAUGAUGAAGGAGAACCAGCGGCUACUGCGACGCGCCAUGAGGGAUUUGGAUCGGGAACGUCAGAGCUUGGAACGGCAAGAGAAGAAGACCAUGAUGGACAUCAAGAAGGCGGCCCGCGCAGGGCAAGUGGAUGCGGCCAAGAUCAUGGCAAAGGACGUGGUGAGAACCCGCCGCUUCCAGAAGAAGAUGAUCAUGAUGAAAACACAGAUCCAAGCCGUCUCCCUCAAGAUCCAGACGCUCAAGGCCACAAACAGCAUGGCCAAGGCCAUGUCGGGCGUCACAAAGGCCAUGGCGCGCAUGAACAAGACGAUGAACAUUCCCGCAUUGCAGAAGAUCAUGGCAGAAUUCGAGAAACAGUCUGAGGUGAUGGAUAUGAAGCAGGAGAUGAUGGACGACGCUGUCGACGACGUCAUGGGCGAAGAGGAGGACGACGAGGAGAGAUCAAGCACCUUGGCGCCCGCGGAACACUGCGCAAGCAGGCUCCUCAUCACAGCUGCCUCGGCAUUGCACAAGAGACACGCAAGGGCGAUCGGUGAAGCGGAAUAG